AUGGAGCCAAUCUUUGCGACAAAGGGAAAACUCACACAGUUGAGGUACGAGCUUCCACAUCGCAUUCAUAACUCGACGGUAUAUCCAAUCAAGGCGCCCAAUGGCUCGACAGUCGUACUAUAUGGACACGAGACGGGCGUGGGCAUCUUGUGGAGAGGUGGGCGACAGCUGAAGAAGACUGCGCCGCCGCGGAAACAACCAGCAAAGCCUGCCAAGGUGAACGGAACACACGAUGAUACUAUCAUGAUCAUCGAUUCGGACGACGAUGAACCUGCGAAAGCUGCCGCCCAACCGCCGCCCCAAGCCGAGUUCGAAGACGAGGAAGAGGAGCUCGACCCAGACCAGCCAUACGCGUCCGUCGUCCAGCACGUCACUCUGCCUCUUGGUACCCAAGUCCUGCACAUCGCCGUGCCCCAAAUACCCGUUCCCUCCACGCUGCGGCCUGCAGAUACAAUACCCCCCGUAUUCAGCAAGAGCAUUGUUAUCACCGUCGCAGGCGUAGACUCAACAGUACGCGUUAUCACAUUGCCUCUCAGUCCUCCUCCGCAUGCUGCCAAGGAGAAGCCACUCAGCGCAAAGUCUCAGUUUGGCGAAGAGAUUGUCAAGAUCCAAGGCCAUCAAAGCAUACCCAGAGGUGUCACCAUGACUUGGACUGCCAAGGGGGAAACUGCCACAAACGAUGCGUCGGAAGAGGACAUGGACGUUGAUGACGACGAUGCGACACCCGGUCGACCAAAUCGCAGGCAACUAAACCGUUCGCGCUCACAGGCACAGAGCAGUGAAGGCUUCGAUCUACUAGUUGCGUCCCACUCCGCCGAGCUGGGUGGUCUGCUAAAGAUCUUUCGCUUCGAGCUGUCCGAGACUGGACUGAAAGUGUCCCUCCCAGUUACGCCCUACAAGAUGCUUACUUUGCGCAAACCCGCCUCUCGUAUCGCCUUCAACCCUGCCCAAUACCCCAAGCGCAGACACUCCCAGCUACUUGUCACAGAUUCGGUGGGCACAGCACGAAUUUACGAUCCAUUUGCCUCACCAAGUCGCAAGCGGCCAACGAGCGGUCGCGCCAAUGAAACCGGUGCCUUUAUCCGUACCUUCAGGGCAUCGUUCGAGGGUGUCAAGAACGUCAAUCUCAUGCCACCUGUUCUCGCCUCGCGGAAAUCCAUCAUCGAUGCAGCUUGGGCGUCUGAUGGCAAAUACAUUGUGGCUCUACUAGCCGAUGGUGAAUGGGGUGUCUGGGACGUCGAUCGCUCGGGCCCAAGUCCGCCUGUGGAUCCCUCAGCAUUUUCUCUAAGGGGAUACGUAGGAACAUCGGAGAAGGAAGGAAGCAGUAGCAGCGGCGGGCCGUCCAGUCCGAAGCGUAACAGUCGCAAUUCUUUAGCCCCAAUGACGCCCAACACACGUCGGAGAAAAGAAGAGGCAUUGUUUCAGGGAAACCCAGCAAGUUCGGCAGCUGCCACACGCGGUGGUGUUUCGGUCGCUACGCUUUUGUCUGCCAACGGAGCUACGUCAGAAGAUUCGGUCAUUAUCUGGUACGGGUCAGAUGUGUAUAGGAUAGCAGAUCUGACCAAGUUCUGGGGCCGCACUGCGUCUGCUAGUAACGGAGGCUCAUUACCGGGUCCUGGCCUCCAAGUUCAAGACGUGGCAUUAUACGGAGAAGUCAUUACCUCUAUUUCACAGUUCGACACAACAACACAGGCGUCACGCAUGGCAGUUGCAAGAGAUGUGCUCAUCUCUGCGGAGCACCGCAUCAUCAUCACCGCCAACACUAGCCAGCCCUUGGGACGUGAUCUGAGCGCCAUGUUCACACGCGAGCGGAAUGAGGAAGAGGCCACGAGCAGAGUAGAUCAAGCUCUACUAACUCGUGGCGAACUCGACCUAGGCGGUAUGGAUAGGAUGCUAGAAAGCAUGGAUAGUAGUGGAACCAGCGGAGCCGUUUCAAAGGGCCUAACUAUGGGCGGACCCCGAAAAGUCCUCUUCGCUUCAUCUGCAGCUUAGACACGGCCUUGUGUCUCGACUUAGCAGAACUAACAAUAUGCAUAUCGGCAGAAUCACACGAGAUACCUAUCUGAACAAUACGACGGCGCUUUUUGCCCGGUAAGACUA